CUACGGUCCGUCGCGUCGCAAUUGGACACCUCUUUCAUCGGCGACUCGCUCUUCGGGCGCGGAGAUCCGGGUCUGGGCAUGGACUUUGAGUGCGACUUCGACGAGUGGUUCAACCCUGAUACUGGUGGGCUCAACUUUCAGUGAUGACUCCUCUGUGUGCGCGUUUGACUGGACACACCUUGUUGCUUGGCAGGUUUGUGAAGGACAUGUGUCUCGUCGGACUGGAUCUUGAUCAUGUUGCUGCUGAGGCUCCCAUGUUCGCUUGCUGCUGUAUAACUACUCCCGUGCGUGCAGUACUCAGGCUACUGAUUCUCGCCCUUCCCUUCUGCGUCCAUACUAGCCUCAUACCACAUGUAACAUGUCUACAAGAUGAGUUAUGCCACAGGAAAGCAUACCAAGUGCUAUCAGACCCAAAUCUUCGGGAAUUAUACGACAAGCAUGGUGCCAAGGCGGUGGACCAACUUGAGCCCAGGACGACGAGCCCGAGUCUAGUCUCAUACCAAGACCCUCCACACGGCGCCAGGUGGAGGGUUUGUGUCGAACCGAAGCCCGAGUCUGUCACCCGUGGUACCACAUCGCCAACUCUUCGUCCCAGAGUACAUCAUCCGACCUUUCCACAUCCGCACCGCCCACGCCUCCAAUCAUAGGCGAUUCCUCCGCUCGAGGUGCCCCUCAGAUCGAUGGCUGAUAGCGACCAAUGAUAUGAUCGCGUCCUCGUCGCGG